AUGCAUUCCAUCACAGCUGCAUUCCUCCUCCUCACCUCCCUCCUUGAUCCCGUCGCAGCCUACAACACCAAUAAAUCACCUUCCCGCAAUGCCGUCCUCCUCUCCAACAUCCAAACUCUCACUCUCUAUGCAAACCGCAAAACAAGCCACCGCCGUGUCUCCGCAAUCCCACAGUUGACCUGCGUCGGCCCCUCGAAACGCAUCUGCUCCCUCUACACCCCUGACGUCAUGCGCUGCAAGAACCAAGGGUUUGACUACGAUGAAAACGAUAUCCAAUGGACGUGUACGGCGGAAUUGCCGCCGGAGUUCAAGCUGGGGAGCACCGAGGUGGUGUGCGAGGGAUAUAGAGAUUCGAAUGAUCCGUGGAUCUUGAAGGGGAGCUGUGGAGUGGAGUAUCGCAUGUUACUGACCGAGGAAGGAGAGAGGAAAUACGGCCAUAUGGCCGCGCAGGGCGUCCUUGACGAUCGGAGCUGGAAAGAGAUUUUGUGGGAUUUUGUCAAGGGUGUUGGGACCAUCUUCAUCGUCAUGGGGAGUUUUAUUGCGCUGAUGAGUUAUUGCAACCGAUUUACCAAUGGGAACAGGAGGAGAUCAGGCGGUUGGUUUGGAGGCGGCGGAGGAGGCGGUGGUGGUUGGGGCCCGCCUGGUCCUCCGCCGCCAUAUGACUAUCAGCCAGGAAGAUAUACGAAGACAGAAACAUGGCAGCCGGGCUUCUGGUCUGGAGCUCUUGCUGGAGGAUUAGCCGGUUAUGGCCUAGGGAAUCGACGUUCAUCAGGUCGGAGGUCCGAGCCCUACACUCCCAGCAGUUCGAGCAGCGCCAGUGCUGGUCCCUCGGGUUGGACGAGAGAGAGCACGGGGUUUGGCGGCACAAGGCGUCGAUGA